AUGAUGAGAAAUCGUUCUAAAGUUAAAACGAAACGAAUGAUGAUGAAAGUCUUAUUGUAAAUCAUGUCGUUAAAAUUUACUAAGAAUUAGUGUGUACCUGUAUGUGGCAAUUAAAAUUAACAUAAAAUAAUCGGCCAUUUUUCUAAAUUAAAUUCGUAACAAACGUUCUUUAUUUUAUGUGCACUUGAUAAUUUAUUUCUUUUGGUACAAAUCUUAUAUCAAAAAAUUGUGUCGUGUGCUUUUGCGGUUAUAUGAAUAAAUCUUCAAAAAUUAUCGUGGAACUUCGUGUUAAAUUUACUAAAUUUAAAUUUUUACCAAUAACGUGAAGAAACACCGUAUACUAUGAAUGCGCUUUUGAGGUACCAAAAAUUGUACGGUCGUACAUUGGCGGAGAGUGGGAGAUAUUUAAAGAAGUCGAACUCAAAAGUAAAAACGAUCACUUUUCAUCAGGACACUGGUUCGAACAUUUUAAAAUAUGGAUUGAUCAAAAAUAUCCACACAUCAUCACUAUUUCCCCCAACUAAAUUUGCCUCCCAUUAUUGUUCAAUAAAAAAUGAAUGUAUAUUACCUUACAGUUUUUUAUUACCAUCAAAUGCAAUACUAUCAAGAGAUGAUUUUCUUACGUCGCCUUUAUAUUGCUAUAACUCGGCGAGACAAUUUCGUAUUGUACCAUUUUUACGAGAAAAUCAGUCCUCUAAAGUAGAAGCCGCAGUCAACAGUAUGAAGGAAAAACAGAAAAUGAUAUCUGAAGCAUCAAAGGAAGGAACUUUGCUAGACAAGGAAGGAAAAGCUAUAAGUGACCCAAACAAGAAAGGGGAAGGAAGCAAACCGGUUCCCGUCAAGAAACCACUUAAAACACGUAUUUGGGAAGAAUUAGUGCAUUAUUAUCAUGGAUUUCGUUUACUUUUUAUUGAUAUUAAUGUAUCUCGUAAAUUAUUAUGGCGUGUACUUAAUGGUAAAACUCUUACGCGUCGUGAAAAUAAAUUAUUAGUACGUACAACUUCAGAUCUCUUUAGACUUAUACCAUUUUCGGUAUUUAUUAUUGUGCCCUUUAUGGAAUUGUUAUUACCAGUUUUCAUUAAAUUAUUCCCAGGCAUGUUGCCAUCUACGUUUCAAACUGCCAAGGAUCGUGAGGACAAAUUAAAACAGCAGUUACAAGUUAAAUUAGAAAUGGCGAAAUUUUUACAAACCACACUCGAUGAAAUGGCUGUGCAGCAUAGAGAGCAUAAGAGUGAAGAUGCUAAGGAAUUUGCUGAGUUUUUUGAAAAAGUUAAAAAUCCUAGUGUACAUGUUACUAAUACAGACAUAAUCAAGUUUGCGAAGCGUUUUAAUGACGAAAUAACACUUGAUUCUUUAUCUCGUGCGCAAUUAUCAGCGUUAUGUCGGUUACUUGAAGUAAACACAAUGGGUACAUCCAAUAUUUUAUUAUUUAAUCUGCGAUUGAAGUUGCGUGCCCUUGUUGCGGAUGAUCGAGUAAUUGCACGUGAAGGUGUCGACUCAUUAGAUCUUUUUGAAUUACAGCAGGCCUGUAAAUCUAGAGGCAUGCGUGCUUACGGACUUACAGCUGAGAAAUUAAGAGCUCAAUUACAAGAGUGGAUCGAUUUGUCACUUAAUUCGAAAGUACCACCAACACUCUUACUUUUAUCUAGAGCGCUACCUAUUUAUGAUGAUGAGACAACAACAACCGACAAACUGAAAGAGACAAUACGUGUGCUACCGGAAUCAGCAGCUGCUCAAGCCAGGGCAGCAAUUGGAGAACUUGAGGGUAAAAUUGAUAAUAAGACCAAAAUCGAAAUCAUUAAGGAAGAAGAGCGAAAAAUUCAAGAGGAACGUGAAGAAGAACGAGAAGAACAAAAGGCCAAAAAAGAAGCUGAACUGUUACUUGAUAAAGCAACAGUCAUGGAAGCUGAAGACAUUUCAAUGGCUAUGGCUCAAAUAGAUAAUAUAAAACCAGAAUCAAUUAAAGCGAAAGAAAUGUUUGCAGAAAGUCAGCCAGUAGAGGCAGAGGUUAUUACUUCUAAAGAUGUUAAACUGCUGUCUGAUGCUUUAGAGACAUUGUCACAGACUAAAUCUAUGCAGGUUGAGAAAGAAAAAAUCAAAGAUCUUAAAGAAGAAAUGGAGGACUAUAAGGAAGACGUGGAGGAACUACACGAAAUACGUACUACUGUAAAAGAGCCUAUAAAGGAAAGCAGAGCAGCAAAACUACUGUAUAAAAAGGUUAACACAAUGAUUGAAGGUCUCGAUAAGGUGCUUGCCGACUUAGAAAAGAAAGCAGCUGAAACUUCGAUGCAGUUGGAAAAGGAUAAAAGGGCAGAAGAAAUUAUACGUAUUGAUGAGCUAGUAGGCACUGUGAAAAAGUUGAAGCAGACUUCCGACGAGUCACGUUUGCAAAAAAUUGAAAACGUUUUAAGCAAACUUGAUACCGACAAAGAUGGUGUUAUUAAUAUUGAUGAAGUUUUAAAUGUUGUAGAAGCAAUUGGCCGCGAUGAUGUAAAUCUAAAUGAGAAGCAAAUUGAAGAACUGCUUACAGUACUAGAAAAGGAACAAAUAAUUGAGGCAGAAGAUAAGAUCGAAAAAGCUAUAGCUAAAAGUAUGAAAGAUGCGAAAAAAAUAGAAGAAUCAAAUCAGGAGCUGGAUGGUUUUAAUCAGGAAAUUGAAAAUGUGAAGGAAGUGAUUUCUGAUGAAGUUAGAGAUGCUGCCAAACUUCUUGAAGAUAAAGCUACUGACUUGAAUUUAGUUGAUCAAAAAAAGACAAAAAUUAUAGAUGAAAAACAGACAGAUAAAGUUCAGAAGCGUCAAGAAGAUAUAGCUCCCAAAAUAGCUACUUCUAUACCGCCACCAACUCCUUCGCCCAAAGUAAAUCAAAAAGAUAAAUUGGUGUAAUAUAUGGAUUAACAGUCGAUUCCUCAGAAAAAAAAGUAGUAAUUCGUACCUGUGAUUAAAAGUCAAAACAGUAAAAAAUGCUAGAAAUGUUGAUUGAGCAAAACAAAUCAUUCAAUUUGGUUAUAAAUCACUUAAAAUACUUUGUACUUUAAUUUAUUAAUUUAAUUAUUAAUAAUUUAAAGCAUUUAAUUUCUGAAUAAAUAAAUGUAAAUAAGGCGUUAUUAACAGUUAAUAGCAUUAGCUUUAUAAAUUAAUGGCGCAUGAUGUGAGGCUACAGUAUUUUUUAAUGAAUUAUCUUCGUUUUUUUCUUUGGAACUUUCAAAUUGAAUGUAUAAUGAAAAAUUUGUAAAUUUGUAGUUAUAUAUUUUUGUACAAAUAUGUGAAUUUAAUUAAUGUCUUGAAUAAAUGGCUUUUUCAAAUUUAGGGAGAACACAAUACAAUUCUUUA